CCGGGCCGGCAGGCGCGCGUUCCGGGCCCCGCGGCGGCGUCGGCAGCGGCGGCCGCAUCGUGCGGGCUGUUCUCGCGCCGAGCCAUGCCGGCCGCGCGCGUGGAGUACAUCGCGCCCUGGUGGGUCGUGUGGCUGCAUAGCGUCCCGCACGUGGGGCUGCGCCUGCGGCCGGUGGACAGCACCUUCAACCCGCGCGACGAGACGUACCAAGAGUCGCUGUUGUUUCUGGGGCUCGUGGCUGCUGUGUGCCUGGGCCUGAAUCUGGCCUUCCUCGCGACCUACCUGGUGUGUGUGUGCUGCCGCCGGCAGGAUGGGGCGGUGCAGACCAAGCAGCGCAACUCCUGCUGCACCACCUGGACGGCAGUGGUGGCCGGGCUCAUGUGCUGUGCUGCCUUAGGCAUUGGAUUCUAUGGGAACAGCCAGACCAACGACGGGGUCUACCAGCUCACCUACUCCCUGGACAAUGCAAACCACACUUUCUCUGGGAUUGACACCCUGGUUUCUGGAACCACCCAGAAGAUGAAGGUAGACCUGGAGCGGCACCUGGCCCAGCUCAGCGAGAUCCUCGCCAGCCGAGGCGACUACCUGCAGACCCUCAAAUUCAUGCAGCAGAUGGCAGACAACAUCGUUGCCCAGCUCUCCGGCCUGCCCGUGUGGGAGGAGGUCACCACCCAGCUGACCGAGCUGUCAGAGCAGAGCAGCUACAUAGAAUACUAUAGGUGGCUCUCCUACCUCCUGCUCUUCGUCCUGGACCUGGUCAUCUGCCUCGUCACCUGCCUGGCACUGGCCAGGCAUUCCAAGUGUCUCCUGGCUUCGAUGCUGGGCUGCACGGUGCUGGUGCUGCUCCUCAGCUGGGCAUCUCUGGCCACGGACAUGGCCGUGGGAGUGGGCACCAGUGACUUCUGCGUGGCCCCCGAUGCCUUCAUCCUGAACAUCACACAGGGCCAGAUCAGCACAGAGGUGGCCCGCUACUACCUAUACUGCAGCCAGAGCACCCGCAGCCCCUUCCAGCAGGUACUGACCGUCUAUCAGCGCUCGCUGACCACCAUGCAGAUCCAGGUGGCGGGGCUGCUGCAGUUUGCUGUGCCUCUGUUCCCCACGGCUGAGAAAGACCUCCUUGGAACACAGCUCCUGCUGAACUCAUCGGAGGCUGGCCUGCACCAGCUGACGGCCAUGUUGGAUUGCCGGGGACUGCACAAGGACUAUGUGGACGCGCUCACUGGCGUCUGCUACGACGGCAUCGAGGGCCUGCUCUACCUGGGCCUCUUUUCCCUCUUGGCUGUCCUGGCCUUCUCCACCUUCGUCUGUGCAGGGCCAUGGGCCUGGAAGUACUUUGCUGCCAGGGACAGAGACUACGAUGACAUCGAUGAUGGUGACCCCUUCAACCCCCAGGCACGGCGCAUGGCAGCCCACGCCCCAUCCAGGGGGCAGCUGCACAGCUUCUGCAGUUACAGCAGCGGCCUGGGCAGCCAGAGCAGCCUACAGCCCCCUGCCCAAACCAUCUCCAACGCCCCCGUCUCCGAGUACAUGAACCAGGCGAUGCUGUUUGGUGGGACCCCACGCUACGAGAAUGCACCACUCAUCGGGAGAGGCUCCCCUCCACCCACGUACUCGCCCAGCAUGAGAGCUGCUUACAUGUCGGUUGCAGAUGAGCAUCUACGACACUAUGGGAGUGACUUUCCAGCCUAGCGGACAAACGACGGACAGAUAUGCGGGGGUCCCUGCCUCCGUCUCCUUUGCGUAUUUAGUGAAUGCACAGAAAAGCUACAUUCCUUCAACUGGAAUCACAAGUGCCCUGACACUGGCAGGCUCCCUGGGCUGCAGGAACCCAGCUGAGAUUCCUGACCAAUGUCCUGGGGGAACAGAGGACCCCCAACUGGGCCUGCCGCACUCUCCUGCCCCUGCUCUCCACACUGGGCCUCACCCCUGCAUCCACGCUCACAGGUGGGGCGGAGCAGCGAGGGGGUGUCAGAUGCCACAUCCUGGGAUCUCCCUGCGCUCCUGGGCCCCCUUAUCCAGGGCCGUGCUUCUCAUUAGCACUGACCACCAUUGGUGAUGGGCACUGCAAGCCACUUCUCGGAACUGCUCAGCAGUCGAGGGAGGGCGUUUACAGGAAGUGGCGUUGCUGAUGAAGCCCAACAGUGCCCACAGCCACAUUCCAGAGCCAGUGAACUU